AGCUGAUGGAGACACGGACGGCACGGCCUUUCUCCUUCUCCUUCAACACCAGUGACUACCGCAUCCUGCACAUGGACCAAGACCAGGGCCGUCUCUACCUGGGCAGCCGGGAGUACCUGGUGGCUCUGGACAUGCACAACAUCAACAAGGAGCCCCUCAUAAUUCACUGGCCGGCCACUACCCAGAGGAAAGGAGAGUGUAGAAUGACUGGAAAGGGUGGGCAGGGGGAAUGUGCAAACUUUGUGCGUCUGAUCGAACCCUGGAAUCGCACACACCUGUACACCUGUGGCACAGGGGCCUACAAGCCCAUAUGCACCUUCAUCAACAGAGGAUGGAGAGCAGAGGAGUACCUGUUCAGGCUGGUCCCUGGCUAUGUGGACUCAGGGAAAGGGAAAUGUUCCUACGACCCGCGGCAGGAGAAUGCUGUGGCCCUUAUCAAUGGGAAUCUGUAUGCAGGGGUCCACGUUGACUUCAUGGGCACGGACCCGGCCAUCUUCAGAACCCUGGGAGACAGACCUGCCGUCAGGACUGAGCAAUAUGACUCCCGCUGGCUGAAUGAGCCUGUGUUUGUGAAGAUCCAGCACAUUCCUGACAGCUCUGAGAGGAACGAUGAUAAGCUCUACUUCUUCUUUCGGGAGAAGAGCCUGGAUUCGGCUGGGGGGGGCAGCCCCAGUGUCCUGGCCAGGGUGGGCCGAGUAUGCCUGAAUGAUGAUGGGGGUCAGAGGUCACUGGUCAACAAGUGGACUACCUUCCUGAAGGCUCGGCUGGUGUGCUCAGUGAUAGGCAGUGAUGGUGUGGAGACCUAUUUCGAUGAGCUGAAGGAUGUCUUCAUUCAGCCAACACAAGACGAACGCAAUCCUGUCGUGUACGCUGUCUUUUCCACUGCGGGGUCUGUGUUUAAGGGCUCAGCCGUGUGUGUAUACUCUAUGUCCGACAUUCGCAAUGUCUUCAAUGGCCCCUUCUCACACAAGCAUGGACACAACUACCAGUGGACCCCCUACACUGGAAAGAUCCCCUACCCUCGCCCUGGAACGUGUCCAGGAGGAACGUUCACCCCGGGCCUCCGCUCCACCAAGGAGUUUUCGGAUGAGGCAGUGAACUUUGUGAGGGCGCACCCCCUCAUGUACCACCCUGUCUACACCAUACACAAGCGCCCUCUGGUGGUCCGAACAGGGGUGGACUACCAAUUCACCUCCAUCGUGGUGGACCUGGUGGAUGCUGUGGACGGGAGGUAUGAGGUGCUCUUCCUGGGCACAGAUCGUGGGACAGUCCAAAAGGUGAUAGUACUUCCUAAAGACACUAGCACAACAGAAGAACUUACAUUAGAGGAAGUGGAAAUGUUCAGGACUCCAGCUCCUAUUAAGACUAUGAUGUUAUCAUCAAAGAGGCAACAGCUGUAUGUGUCGUCAGAGAGGGGGCUUACCCAGUUGUCCCUGCACAGGUGUAACGUCUAUGGCAAGGCCUGUUCAGACUGCUGCCUGGCCAGAGACCCUUACUGUGCCUGGGAUGGGGAGACAUGCGCCGCCUUUAGCCCCUCCACCAAGAGGCGAAGCAGAAGACAGGAUAUUAAGCAUGGAAACCCCUUGCGGCAGUGCAGAGGGUUCAAUGCAAAAGUGGAGAAGCGUCUCAGUGAAACGGUGCAGUUUGGGGUGAAGGGGAGCAGUACGUUCCUGGAGUGCCAACCUAGAUCUCCACAAGCGACAGUCAAAUGGCUCUACCAGAAACCAGACGGCAGGAGGAAAGUGCUGAGCCGAGACGGAGAGGUGCUGAAGACAGCUCAUGGCAUCUUGCUCAAGUCUCUGAGCCACGCUGACAGGGGGCUGUACCACUGCCUGGCCACUGAGAACAACUUCAAGCACACGGUGGUCCGCGUGGCCCUCCGCAUCCUGGACCGGGAGAUAGUGGAGGCCCUCACCUCCCUGGAUGCCCCACCGGAGGACCAGAACCCCCAUCACCACCCGCACCCCCACCACCCACCGCCCCCGCCUCAAACUCUGCCACCACAGUUCUCCUCCCAGCCAGAGAUCCGCCUCAUCAACCAGUACUGUCAGUCCUACUGGCAGCAGUUCAACCCCAACCUUCCCACAAAACGCACCAACAGGAGGCAUGUCAAGAGCCAGCCAGAGCCAGCCCCAGGGGGCCCUAUCCCCUCCUAG